GCCCAUCCAAACAGACUUUGACAGCACUGCCUCCUGACAGCAGUUUCAUCUCGCAGACUGCGCCUCACAAAUCUGCACAGAGAACAAUUCGCUGUCGUUAAAAAUGUCGAUAAUCAAGACUUUCUGAGGAUUUAAAUGAUUUUCGAGAAACAGCAAAGAUCGUUUAGGGCGCCAUCAGACUUUGGAAACAGAAGAGGGUGGAGAAGAAACACUUCCAUACACGGCGAUAAAGGUGGAGGUUGUCAGCUGAUUGUAAUUGAUCUGCACUCAUGAAGGGCAUGGAGAUGUUGCGCCGCUCCUCAGUGUUUGCGGCUGAAGUCAUGGAGGUGUUUGAUCGCUCUCCCACGGAUAAGGAGCUCGUGUCUCAGUCUAAAGUCUUGUGUAGGGAUUACAUUCACUCCAGACUCCAUCGGGCUGGAAUCGGAUGGUCUAAACCAGAGCAUGGACCCGGAGGAACACUGGCUGAGGUGUCUUCAGUUCUUCUGUGGUUGGGUGAUGAGCUGGAGUACCUGCGACCCAAUGUGUACCGCAACGUAGCAAGACAGCUCAACAUCACAAUUGCAUCUGAGAGUAUAGUCUCUGAUGCCUUUUUGGCUGUUGCUGCAGAAAUCUUCUCUACAGGUAUAACAUGGGGGAAGAUUGUGUCUCUGUAUGCUGUGGCCGGAGCUCUAGCUGUGGACUGUGUUCGGCAUGGGCAUCCAGCGAUGGUGCACACUAUUGUCGACUGCAUGGGCGAGUUUGUUCGCAAAAGCCUCGUGUCAUGGUUAAAGAGGAGAGGAGGCUGGGCGGACAUCACAAAGUGUGUAGUCAAUACAGAUCCCAGUUUCCAUUCUCAUUGGCUGGUGGCAGCGGCCUGUGCCUGCGGUCACUACCUCAAGGCUGUGGUCUUCUACCUGCUGAGAGAAAAAUAAAGAGCAGCACAAACAAGUGACGGACAGCUGGACUCUUCCAAACCUGGCAGAAGGGGUUUCUAGUCACUGCUUAAGCCUUUCACUGCUCUUGAUGUGUUUACACUUGCACAAAGUUUGCACUUUUCCUUUAAAGGAUAUUCUUGCUCUCCAAGAAGAACCGUUAUCUUUUAAGGCUUUAUGUGUUUAACGUUUAACCUGGCCUCUUGCACUCUAGGCAUUCCUUGCCGUUACCAAUUUUAUCGAACCUUAUGUUGAUAUGCAAAAUACCAUGGCCGGCGGGACACAGCUCAGAGGAAGCUAUCAUGACCUUUGUGUUUGCGUGUGAAAUACAGUGUUCAUGUACUUGGACCAGUGUUGCCUAGAACUUAUGUUGUGUAAUCAGAAAGUUUCUGUGAUUUUUUUUUUUUUUUUUUUUUUUUUUAAAUUAAAUUUUUCACUGUCUCAAGUGGUUUUGAUGAUCUCAAAAUGCAGAAAAACGACCAGGAGUUCAUGAGAAAACAGAUCUGCGUGAAAUGGAGAUCAGUAUCAGGAUUAUAUUCCUGUAUUUCCCAAGGAAAAACUCUAAACUAUUUUGGAUUUUGGUUGACUAAAAAUGAAAAAUAGAUAUAACAUUUCAGUUCAUGUCAUUCUUCAAGUCGGAACCUGUCAAUUGGUUUUUUUAUAGUGUUGUCUCUCUCUUCUUUGUAAUUUUUUUCUGUGUAGUAUUUUCCCCAAAUCUUAGAUGUGGUGGUGUUGUUGCCACCUUGAACAACUAAGAUAUCAUGGAGCCAUCAGUAUAACUUAAAACUUGGUGUUUUAUAACUGUUUGUUUCAUUAUUUUGUUCUCUUGUACAGUUCAGUUUAUUAAAAAAAUAAUUGUUGAAAACUACACAUUGUUGUGUAUGCUACACUGAAUGUAUGCGAAAUAAAAAAUAUCCUCUUUUUA